AUGUUUGUGAGGUCGAACAAGCUAUGGGACAUGUUCAUCAAGUGGGAAGGGGAGAAGAGCCCGAGGAAUGUGAUGAAGUUGUACGAUCGUCUCUUGCUCAUCCCGACGGCGCAGUACACCACUCUUAUGCAAUCAUUCAAAGAGUUUGUCAACGAUAAUAAUCCCAAGAACUUCUUGGAUGUCGAUGAAUUUAUCGGAUUCCGAACGGAAGUUGUCAAAGAGCUGAGAGCAGCUCAAGGAUUGGAUCCGGAAGUUCCGUCCGCUACCGCCGGAGAUACGCCUCCGGGUGAUGACGCUCCGCCAGGCGAUCUUGUAAAAGAAGAAGCUGCGUCCGACGAGGAAACAAAGGGCAUCAGAGAAAAACUGAUUGCGAAUCGCGCAAAAGUGUUUGAAAAACUGGAAACUGAGGUCAAAAAGCGACUCCAUUUCGAGGAAGCGCUGAAGCGACCGUAUUUCCAUGUCAAACCCUUGGAAAAAGGUCAACUGAAAACCUGGAGAGAGUAUCUCGAUUUCGAAAUCAAGGAAGGAAACGCGGAUCGAAUUCGUGUUCUAUUUGAGCGUUGUUUCAUCGCUUGCGCUUUGUAUGAAGAAUUCUGGCUCAAGUACAUCGAUUAUUUGCGAUCGCAAAAGGCUGCCGACGAUGUUGUGUCCGCUGUGUUCGAGCGCACUUGUCGCGUGCAUUUGAAGCGGAAAUUGAGCAUCAAUCUUCAAUGGUCUCUGUUCGAAGAAACGACUGGCAAUUUUGAUAAAGCCAUGGAAGUGCUUGACCAUUUGGAAGGCAAUUUCGGCCUUUCGCUUGCGAUUGCCAUGAGGAAAAUCAGUCUUGCUAGACGUGCCAAGAAAAUGCACGAGGUCGAGGCAUUGUUCCACAACUACAUUGAGAAGUUGAUUAAGAAAGGAGACAGGGCGCAGGCGGAUGCCGUGGUCAUUAAACUAGCUCGUUUUGUCGACAAAGUUUUGAAGGACCGCUCCAAAACCCGGGAAAUCAUGGAGAAAGCCAUCGAGUCUUCUCCUGGUAACCCGAGAAUGUACAUGUACAUGAUCGAUUUCUUUGCUGAGGAAGGCCCUGAACGAACGCCAGAGAUUUUGGCCGUGUUCGAAAAAGCGGAGAAGUCAGAAUUGCCGAAUGACAUUAAGUUGAUGUUCAUGCAUAGAAAAAUGGAGUAUAUGGAAGAUUUUGGGGACCAGAUUAUCGAAGCGGAGAAGGCAUUCGAGGACUACGCUUCAUUCGUGAAAAAGGCGAAGGAGGACCGAAAACGUGGGCAUGAUGACGGGUACGAGUACGACGCCACUGGCGCGAAGAAGGCCAAGACGGACGCCACGAGUAGCAGUAUUUCAGUGCGCGCGUCAACCGGCGCCACUGGGCCCUACCAGUACGGCAGCUACUCGCAGCCCGCCGGCAGCACCAGCGCGGCGCAGUACAACCAAGCCUACCCUUACUCGUACGGCACGGCGUACCAGCAGCCGCAGCAGGGAGCCUGGAAUUAUGGCGGCGCUGCGGCGGCGGCGGCUGCUGCCGCUGCAGCAGGCGGACAAUAUGCCGGCUACACCAGUCAGCAAGGAUGGCAGAAUGGAUACUCGUACUAUGGCCAGCGUUGAGAAAAAAACAAAAAACAAAGAGGCGGAUGUGUUUCGUGUGUGUAUGUGUGUGGUUCACUUGUUUCGUGCUGAUGGUUAUGAGGAUGAAGGAGAAGAGACUGCGCCAUUUUUUAUUCGACUUUUUGUUUUUUAUCUUCUCUGUUUCGCCGCGUUCGUGGUUUCGUUUCGUCGUUCCUUUUUCCUUGCACUGACCUUUUUUUUAUACAUUUGGUUGCAUGGGGCCGAUUAUUUUUUUCUCUCCUGGGUCAUGUACUCAUUCAAGUACGUGAAAAAUUGACGAUUCUAAUUCUUCCGUCAUAAAUUCUUUGUGCCUCGAAAUCUUGUUGUUGAAGUUUUUGUUUUUAUCUGAAACCGUGACAGUUGAGAAAAGGGACGUAAAUGGGAGAACGGUACUUGAUGCCUGAAUAAGAAGAACUUCAUUCUAUUCUUUGGAGCUUCUUAGUGUCGUCGUCGAAUGAGCGCAAUAAGAAUUCAGAAGUCACCCCUUUUUCCCCCCUCGCGCGCGGAACGAGCAUUUUCACCUUUCUGUUAGUUGAGCAUGUUGUUUGAACGUGCUUACUUUUGGUGGGACGUUUUCGAUUUUUAUGAAGCUCCGAGUGUGUGAAUGUGUCGUAGUUGCGAUGCGUUACAAUAAAUGAACGUUUCGUUGAAGGAGAAA